AUGUCCAGCGUUUCUCCAACCGUCAAGUUCUGCAGGUGGGCGCUCCUCGUCACCGGUGUUGUUUACGGCGCCUCCCAUCACUCCACUCUUGCCAAGCGCGAGGCGGCAGCAAAGAAGGCACAGGAGGCACAGGAGGCCAAGAAGCAAAAGGCACAAAAAGCCCAGGCCGCGUCCUCCACAAACGAUCUCGAGAUGGAUCCCAACUCCCCCAACUUUGACUUGGAGAAGGUUCUUCUUUCGCUUGAGAAGCAGGAGGCCAAGAACUAA